ACGUCUCUGAGUGUUUCCGUGUUACUUGAGCGAAGACGGGGCAACCCUAACAAGAGCCAAAGAACUUGAGAUGGAAGUUCGAGAGAAGCAGUGGAGGAGCUUCCAACCCCACGAUGAUAGGACAUCACCAUCGGUUCCAAGGACUUGGUUUUUGGCCUCUUUUUCUGGCCUGGCUUGCUUGCCGUCACUGCUUGCUUGGGACCGGGAGUACGCAGCUUGCUUGGGUAACCAGCGCCCUAUUUGCGGACCAUGGCCCUGCGUUUGACCUCAUGCUCACGUUGUUGCGGCUUCUAUUUGGAGUGCUGGACGGGGACGGUAUCGAUUCCCGUAGGCGGAUCUCGCAAGAGCUUAUGGUUUCAACCCGCGCUCUCCGCGUCAGGUACCGAAGGUCAGGUACGCAUGCAGAAAGGGGGUGAAGAUGCGCACACGGCUUCGAGACUCCUUGGCUGCUUUGAUUUUUAAGACUUGUUGGGGCAAUGGAACGAGUUGGCGAGCAACAGGACUCCAAAGCAAAGCGCCUUUGAUUCUCCUUUG